GAAGGCUAGCACAGCAAAGUGGAGCCAGCAAGCAGGACCCAGGACAGCCACACGGAUAGGUAGUUCAGAGGAGUAAAAGCCGGCACGGCGCUUGGUGGAUUCAAGUUCUGAUUGAGAUUCGCUACUUGACAGCAGGAAUGGGGCAAGGUGUGGGUGGUUGACUGACAGGGAGACGGACCAAUCACUUGUCAGGAUGCUGGCUCGGAACCGCUUCAUCCUCCUGGUGGUGGUGGGGGCGGUGCUGGCCAUCGUGAGUCUCAGCCUCCAAUUCUUGCACCUAAUCCCCACUACGCCCAUGGGUGAGGAGCGCCACCCCCAGGAUCAGGGUCAAGUUCAGGGCCAGGGGAAGAGCAGGAAGAGAGUGAUCCCUGUCCCUCCCACAGAUGAUCCUGAUCCAGACCCCAUCACUGAGGCUUAUGGCUACUGCAACACCCCCGACCGCUCUGAACAGGCCUGGGAGGGACACAGCCCUGUGGACUACAAGCUGCUGUCUGUCCAGGUGAUGAUUCGCCAUGGCGACCGUUACCCCCUUUACGCCAUCCCCAAAACCAAGCGGCCUGCCAUCGACUGCACCCUGUCCCCAAAGAGGAAGCCCUCCCACCCCCAGCUAAAAUCUUUCAUUGGUCACAUGGCCCAGGGGGGGCAUGGCCGCUGGGAGGGGACUCUCAGCUCGUUGCCCCGUCUCCCUAACCACAGCGCUUGUGAGAUGGGCGAGCUCACUCAGACAGGUGUAGUGCAGCAUUUACGCAAUGGCCAGCUCCUUCGCCAAGCCUACAAGCGCCACAAACUCCUCCCGCCCGAUUGGUCGACCAAGCAAGUGUGGGUGGAGACUACGAGCAGGAGCCGCACCCUCCAGAGCGGUAUGGCUCUUCUGUAUGGGUUCCUGCCAGACUUUGACUGGAGCCUUCUGACAGUCCACCACCAGUGGAGCACGUUGUUCUGUGGUUCAGCCUGCGACUGUCCUGCCAGGAACCCCUAUCUGGAGGAGGAGCAGAGGAGACAGUACCGCCUCAGAGCGGCAGACACUGAACUGGAGAGGACCUACGCAGACAUGGCCCGUACGCUAGGUCUGCCCCCGCGCCAGCUCAGAGCUGCCAACCCUAUAGACUCUCUGCUGUGCCACCUGUGCCACGGCCUGUCCUUCCCCUGUGUGUCAGCAGGGAGUGCCCUCGGCAGUGGGGGCUGUCUGACUCUGGCCCAGUUCGCUGUGAUCCGGAGGCAGCAGUUAGAGGACGAGGUGGACAGGAGGAGGGUGGGACUGUAUCGCCGCUACGCCGUGCUUGCCAUGCACCCCUACCUCAACCGCACCGCCAACAGGUUGGAGCGCGUCGCCAAGGCCUACGCUCCGGGCCGAAAACCCCGCGCUGGAGAGGAGGUGUUCACCCUGUCCUCGGCUCAUGACGUCACCGUGGCGCCGUUACUAAGCGCCCUGGGCUUGGAGGAGGCAUUGUUCCCGAGGUUUGCAGCAAGGGUUGUGUUUGAGUUGUGGAAGAGUCCGCACGCAACGCAGGGACCACGUAAGGGGCAACGACAGAGUCAGAAUAAGGCUUCUGGGGUGAAAGGGGAGAGGUCAAAAGGUGGUAACAUGUUUGUGAGGGUUCUGUACAACGGAGAGGACGUAACAUUCCAUACCACCUUCUGUCGCUCACAUGACCGCCAUGCCACACAACCGCUAUGCCCCCUGGGUAACUUCCUGUCUUUCGUCAGGAAAGACAUGUUCGGUGUCCUCAACGCCACGUCCUACCACGACGCCUGCUACCGACGGACAGGCUGACUGACAGAGGGAUGGAGAGAGAAAAGGAGGAGAGGAAGUGAGUCAUUUAGCUGAUUUUGGAAUUUGUUAAUAGCUCUUUUCCCACUUUGAUGGUCUAUUGAACUAUUUUAAUGUCUUAAAACUUUGACAUUUUUCUAAAGUCAAAAAACAUUCCUAGAAAGCAUAGAUACUGAUCAUACAUGUCAGGCACACAAACACACUGCAAAAAUACACAUUUUCACCAACAAAUUCCUAUACACAAACACUAUAUACACACUCUUCAUGCCUUCUUGAUCAGAUGUAUUUGUCAAUGAAGUUGGACUUCUAAACUGACAGCCUUGUGGUGUUGACAAUCACACCCGGAUACUUAACCUGCAAAUAUGAGGUUAAGUAUUGACCUUUCUACCAUUUUUAAGUUUUUGAAAUGUUUGUAAGGGAAUAACAUUCUGGGGUGAAAGUUAAGUACUCAAACACUUUAUUCGCACAUUCCUGCAUUCCAACUGGGAAUGUUGAGAUUCCGCUUUUCCCAAAUUCCUGCAUAGAAAAGAGGAACAUUGAAACUGGAAACACAAAUGCUGGAUUAGUUCAUAUAAAUGUUGAAAACUGCCAAUUAUAAUAUUUCUCGAUAUUGUUCUUACAUUUUGAUUAAAAUGGUGCUGGAGCCCAGUAGAAUUAGGGUUGUUUUUUCUGUAUAACUAAUUCAUUUGAGUUUUCUGCUAAAAAAGAGCUCAGCCACAUACUGUACUUUCAGGCUGAUUUCAAUGUUAAGAAUGAAGUCAUCCCAACAAUUUACACUCAAUGUUUACUCAAUAAUGAAAAUAUUCCACACCUUAGUAAAGGCUAGUUUUUAUGGUACUUGGAUUUCACUGCUGCUGUAAGAUGGUAAUAACAGUUGAUACAUAUGUCAUCAGUAAAUUGUACAUUUUUCCACUACAUGAAGGAAACCAUUUUUCAGUUGGGACUAUUUUUAUUAAUGAUGUUCAUAAUUUUGAAUAAUUACAAUUUUUACUGUAAAGCACAUUACACAGUCUGCAAAGAAGUAAUAAAACGUGUUUCCUCACAACGGUCUCUGUAUUGUGUGAAAACAUAUGAGCUAACUUAUUACUGUUCUGAAUUCCCCAAGUCUCAGACUAGACGUAAUAUAGGAAACAUAAAUCCAGGACAAUCAAAUUAGUAUGAAAUGGUAUGUUUGAAAUGGAUACAUAAGAUAGAAGGUUACUUAGGCUAAAACAAAAGGUGCUUGGUCGGGAUGGAUGGGCGUAUAACAAAAAAGUCCUGCAGGAAUUCAACCUUUUGUGAAGGAAUUGUGCAGGUUUCCUGCAGGAAUCCUGUAGGCUUGACAAAAUCCUGCAGAAAAAGUCCAUGAUGACUAGUCCUGCAGAAAUCCUGCACAAACAUAACAAUUCCUUCAGGAAUCUUGCAGGACCAAAACCUGAAUACUUUUGAUAUUCCUGCAGGAUAUGGCAAUUCCUGAAGGACCAAGUAAAUCCCAGCAUGAAUCCUGCAGAACAAUUCCUGUGGCAAUUCCAGUAGGACCAUGACAAUUCCUGUGGCAAUUCCAGUAGGACCAUGACAAUUCCUGUGGCAAUUCCAGUAGGACCAUGACAAUUCCUGUGGCAAUUCCAGUAGGACCAUGACAAUUCCUGUGGCAAUUCCAGUAGGACCAUGACAAUUCCUGUGGCAAUUCCAGUAGGACCAUGACAAUUCCUGUGGCAAUUCCAGUAGGACCAUGACAAUUCCUGCAGGAAUCUUGCAGGACCAAAACCUGAAUACUUUUGAUAUUCCUGCAGGAUAUGGCAAUUCCUGAAGGACCAAGUAAAUCCCAGCAUGAAUCCUGCAGAACCGAAUCCUGCAGGAUGUUGAUAUUCUUGUAAGACCAAAUAAAUCCCAGCAUGAAUCCUGCAGAACAAUUCCUGUGGCAAUUCCAGUAGGACCAUGACAAUUCCUGUGGCAAUUCCAGUAGGACCAUGACAAUUCCUGUGGCAAUUCCAGUAGGACCAUGGCAAUUCCUGUGGCAAUUCCAGUAGGACCAUGACAAUUCCUGUGGCAAUUCCAGUAGGACCAUGACAAUUCCUGUGGCAAUUCCAGUAGGACCAUGACAAUUCCUGUGGCAAUUCCAGUAGGACCAUGACAAUUCCUGUGGCAAUUCCAGUAGGACCAUGACAAUUCCUGCAGGAAUCUUGCAGGACCAAAACCUGAAUACUUUUGAUAUUCCUGCAGGAUAUGGCAAUUCCUGAAGGACCAAGUAAAUCCCAGCAUGAAUCCUGCAGAACCGAAUCCUGCAGGAUUUUGAUAUUUCUGCAGGAUAUAUCAAUUCCUGCAGGACAAAUUCCAGCACAUAUUCCUAGGACCGUAUCGGUCUAGUCUCAGUCCUGACUUUAAUUUUCUUGAAAAUCAAACAAGGUUUGAAUAUUGCUGUCCAUCAAUGAUUCCCAACCAAAUUGAAUGAGCUUGAGCAAUUUGACAAAAACAAUAUGUUGCCCUAAGAGUUGUCCAAAGUUGGUAGAAUCUUAAUAAAAAUUAUUCACAGCUGGCUGCCAAAUGUGCUUCUACCAAGUAAUAACACAGAGGGGUGGAGACUUAUACAAUUAUGAUUUUUAAAUGUGUAGGUUGUGUAGAUCUGUAUGUAAAAAAAUGUAAUCCCUUAUAGAUUUAAUUUUAAGACAGAAUAAUGUUUUUAAAAAGUUCAAGGGGCUGUAGACUUUAUAUAGGAGGAAAAAUGUGCAUCAAGAACACAGUUGUCACAUCAUCAGAAUUUGCAGUUAUUUGGGAGUGGAGAAUGUUUUCACAGAAAUCAAAUGUUAUUUUUGUACAAUAUCACUUAGACUACUGUAAAAA